CUCAAUCUCUGGCUGGCUUGAAGUCUACCUCUGGGAACUCCCACUUUUCUGUCCCGUCUUCUCUCCAUGUUCUGCUCUACUUUCUUACUCUACAACUGUUAUCUUCUCUCCACUUCCCUACCACUUGGAGCAUCAUUGUCCUCGCCAUCUUUCUUCCGCCAAGUACGUGACAAUGCCCUAUCAAUGGAACGCAGAACGUGAGCGUCAGAUGCUGUUGCUUGCCAUCUCACGGGCAAACCUCAGGCCUUCAGCAGACACAUGGACUGUCGUGGCUGCUUUGCUCGGUGGUGGGCUGAGCGCAUCCGCCGUCAGCCAAAAGUAUUACAAGCUCCGAAAUGAUGCGGAAAAGAAACUCCUGAGUGGACAGAUCUUCACAACACCAAAAGGAACACCCACCAAGCGCAAAAGAGAAGAUGAUGAUGUGAAGCCGUCGGUAAGGCGAGUCAAGAAGUCGGCUGAUCAUCCAGUCAAUCAUGAGUAUGAUGGCCAACGCUUUUCUGAUGACGGCAACUCGGUCUCCAACAUCAAGACUGAGGAGACAUCCUUCAACUCCCAGUUGGAACAACAACUGCCAGUCUUCUAUGGUAUCAAGUCUGAGGUGAUGCCUCUCGACUUUGAGCUGAAGUGCCUGGCCGUCAAAGAAACCAUGGAAGCUGGCUCCCACCACUUCAACGGCGGAUAUCAGGGCCUCAUCUCUGAUGGCCAGUGAGUGAUUGAGCUAUGGCAUCGUGGACUACGAACAAAGACGAGGCACUCCUUGGGAUCGUUGGAAUCGAGAAUGGAAUCGUAUCAAUGCAAGACAUAGAUUGUACAAUUUUGUGGAAAGUCGAGCAAACCGAGACUUGGAGCUGUUGUGGCGAGUCGAAAGGCAGAGAAAGUAGGUAGAAAGCUGGGAGGGGGGCGGUGGUGUGGGCACUCCAAUCCUUCCAGCUCGACUCUUGUAACUCAUUGGAUGCUCAAAUUUCCCCUUUCGGCUUGCCCCUCUUGAUGACGAGGAC